GGUGUCCACGUGAGAAUGACGAUGUUAUACGGGGAUGUUUGGGCGUGUGUAGAUGGCAAUGUCGACAGAUAAGCUCACUUCUCUUCUGUAUCGUUUGCCUCGAGUCGGAUUGAAUAACAUUGCUGAUCUUCCUGGAGCGAAGAAGAAGGCGAUUCGAGUAGGGAGAGGGCCUGGCUCUCGACGAGGCAAGACCUGCGGACGCGGACAUAAAGGUCAAGGCCAACGAGGAACAAGACCGAGAGUUGGAUUCGAAGGGGGUCAGACACCAUUCUAUCUUCGAAUCCCAAAACACGGAUUUAACAACAAUUUUAGACGUGAAUAUGAGCCUCUGAAUCUCUCUAAGCUGCAACUUUGGAUAGACAGUGGUAGGAUUGAUGCAAACGGACCAAUAAAUAUGUAUACUCUACAUCAAGCUGGAGUCAUUAGUAGACAUGUUAAACAUGGAGUGAAACUACUAGGAGGGGGAGCUGAGUGGUUUCAAUCAAAAAUUGACAUCGAAGUUAGUUGUGCGUCGAAGUCUGCCAUCGAUGCUGUUGAGAAACGAGGAGGUCGUAUUGUCAGUGCGCAUUACAACAAGUUGGGACUACGAGUUUUACUAAAACCGGAGAAGUUCGAAGGGAGAGCUCUUCCACGAAGGGCAUUGCCUAGCAACGAACUUCUUCCUUAUUAUAUGGACUACACAAAUCGUGGCUAUUUGUCGGAAGAGUUGGCAGACUUGGAGACAAGAGAACGAGUGCUUGGCAUUACUAAUAGAAAGAAGUUACCCAGGAGACCGAAGGGCUGGCAGGCAAUAGAAUCUGAAAAGAUAGCAGAAAAUUUUAAUGUAGUACAGAAUUCUGUUGCUGUGCCGGAGAUAGAGACGACAGUAUGAGAUUGAAGAUGUCGAAAUGAGAACGAACUGUGAGUCUGAUGUGAUCUUUUGGGCUGUCACUGCACAUUGGAUGAAACUACACUAUCUAUAGCCACAAUCACUUUCAUCCGGCAUUCAUAAUGUUGUCACAUGCUUUGACUUGUUUGAACUACAACCAUUUGGAUCCAGCAUUUUUUCAAAUAUCAUGCAUUGGUAUUCAUCCUAUAUAUUUAUCCUAUUAAAGUUAUCCUUUAUACAUACGGCUAACAUCUAUAAAUUUGGUAGUGUUGUGAUAUGGUCUGCAGUCGGUGAGACAAUUAGCUUACUAAUAUUAGUGGAACAGUUGCUUUAGACUGCACGAAUCAAUCUGUCUAUCAUGGUAUCUGAAAUCAAUUUGUCUAAGUAUGUCUCUUAUUCUGGCCUUGUUUGCUUAAUACUAAUUAACUAAUUAAUUAACUAAACCCGGGGUCUAUACUGCACGUUCAAUUUUGCAUCAUUGAAUCAUACUUCAUGCCAAAUUGCCAUUCAACUCUAUGUAUUAUGUAUAUUAAUGUGUGUGUGUGUGUGUGUGUGUGUGUGUGUGUGUGUGUGUGUGU